UAUACUAGCUAAUUAUUGUUAAUUAUAUUAACUAAAUUUAGUUUAAUUUAAAUAAAAUUUGUAUAUAAAAAUGCGUUUUACACAAUUAAUGCGUAUACGCUGUAAAUAUCCAGAAUGGUCGGCUGUCAAACAGCAAUAUGUACCCCAACACCAGCCCGUCUUAGAGGAGGAUGUUAAAAAAUUACAGGAUUUCCUUAUGAAUAAGCCCAAUAUUGUGGUUUUAACUGGAGCCGGUAUUUCAACGGAAUCAGGCAUACCAGAUUAUCGCUCUGCCGGAGUGGGUUUAUAUGCCCGCACCAAUCACAAACCCAUACAACAUAUGGAAUUUGUUAAAUCUGCUCAUGUACGUCGCCGCUAUUGGGCGCGUAACUUUGUGGGUUGGCCCACCUUUUCAGCCACCGAACCCAAUGCCACCCAUCAUGCUUUGGCCCGCUUUGAACGCGAGGGUCGCCUUCAGUGUGUGGUAACACAGAAUGUGGAUCGCCUGCAUACAAAGGCGGGCACCAAAAAUGUUAUUGAACUUCAUGGUUCGGGUUAUGUAGUGAAAUGUUUGACCUGUGACUACCGCAUUGAUCGUCAUGAAUUCCAAACGAUUUUGAAUACCGUUAAUCCUGAAUUUAGAGAUGCCCCUGAUAUGAUACGUCCCGAUGGUGAUGUGGAAAUACCUCAAGAAUAUAUCGAUAAUUUUCGUAUACCUCCGUGUCCUCAAUGUGAUGGUCAUUUGAAACCAGAAAUAGUUUUCUUUGGUGAUAAUGUGCCCAAGGAUCGUGUUAAUCGUAUAGCGGAAAUGAUUUAUACUGGCGAUGGUCUAUUGGUAUUGGGUUCAAGUCUUUUGGUGUUUUCCGGUUAUCGUAUGGUUCUGCAAACAAAAGAUUUAAACCUGCCGGUGGCUAUAGUCAAUAUAGGUGAGACUAGAGGAGAUCAUUUGGCUGAUAUAAAACUAUCGGCUAAAUGUGGAGAUGUUAUACCCAAAUUGUUUGAUUUUAGAAAAUAACGACAAGGAGCAUAGAGAAAUACACAUAGAGAGGAAACAGUAAAAAACUCAAGCAUACAAAUAACCACUAAUACAUUCUCAGCACAUAGGUUUUUGACACUUGAGUUAGGUCUUUGACAGGAGAGUUUCCGAUCUAUUUGUAUUUAUCUAUAACUGGGAGUAUGUGUUUGUUUUUGUUAAAGUAAUAGCUAAAAUUAUUUUAAAUGAUACAAAAAAUAAUUAAUAUAUAUAAAAUUUUAACAAUUAUUUAUAUUUCUAAAUAAAUAACAAAAAGUUAAAAAUAGAUUUAAAUGAA